AUGUAUAUCGCCGACGAAUGGUUAACGCUCGAAAAAGAAGUGCUGGGCAAACGGCCGCUCAUCACCGGCUCCGUGGAGCAAGUGCGGGCCGCAUACCAGGAGACAUCCGAGAUGUUGGCCCAGUUAUUUCCCAGUCCCGAUUCAUACAAUGUCGUCGAUCACAAAGAAGUAACGGAUUCGGGAAUCGCAAUCCGCGUCUAUACCCCUGAGGAAACUGAACCGGGGACCAGCCUGCCGGUGGGAGUCUUGUACGUUCACUCACUCUCCCCGUUCCUAUAA